AUGGAUCUCGAACUGCGUGAACGGGGCUCCAAGCCCUCGGUCGCAGACCACAACAACAGCUAUGAAAUAAGUACGGAUGAUAGAGAUCUGAUCAGAUUAGGCAAAAGGCCAGUUUUAAAGAGAACCUUUGGCUUCAUGUCCAUUCUGGGAUUCUCAUGCACCGUCUUGAUUACAUGGGAGGGAAUUAUGAUUGUCUCAACUCAAAGCCUCGUAAACGGCGGCCCAGGAGGUGUCCUAUGGGGUUAUCUUAUUGUUUGGCUCGGGAGCAUCUCUACUUAUAGCGUCCUCUCAGAACUAGCCUCCAUGGCGCCAACUUCAGGAGGACAAUACCACUGGGUGGCGAUGUUGUCACCAGAGUCAUCGAGAAACUUUCUAAGCUACAUCACCGGUUGGAUGACAUUUGCAGGAUGGCAGGCGGUACCAGCCUCCGCAGCUUAUCUAAUUGGUUCCCUACUCCAAAGUGUGAUCAUACUCUUCGUUCCCGACUAUGUUCCUCAGCCAUGGCAAACCAUGAUGUUCUUGUGGGUCAUUCUUGCCUUUGCGGUCCUCAUCAACACUGUCGCUAGCAAGACCUUGUCACAGUUUGAGGGCUUGAUUUUGGUUUUACACAUCUUGGGCUUCUUCGCCAUCUUGAUCCCUUUCGUUUACCUAGCUCCCCACGGGGACUCUUCAGUCUUUACGACAUUUCUAAACGGAGGAGAAUGGCCGACAAUGGGUCUAUCUUUCAUGGUCGGCCUUCCAGCUUCAGUCUUCUCUCUCGUCGGUGCAGACUCUGCCGUGCACAUGGCUGAAGAGAUUAAGAACGCCUCUGUUGUUGUCCCACGUGCUGUUCUGUUCAGCCUGGGAAUCAAUGGAAUCCUUGGACUAGCCAUGUUGCUAGCCUAUCUGCUUUGUCUUGGGGAUAUUGAUGCCGCGUUGGAGGCUCAAUAUACGCUAGGCUACCCGUUCCUUCAAGUCUUCUGGAACGGGACAGGAUCAAGAAACGGUGCGGGGGUUAUGGGACUCAUCAUUGUCAUACUCGGCAUCUGCAGCACUGUUGGCGUUCUGGCGUCUUCAUCCAGGAUGCUCUGGUCUUUUGCCAGAGAUCGAGGGGUACCCUUCUGGAAGUACUUUGUCAGGCUCCACAGCCGAACAGCAAUUCCGAUAUACACCGUGGGAUUCACGACCCUUGUGUCCGUUCUUCUCUCACUCAUCACCCUCGGCUCGAGCGUCGCCUUCAGCAAUAUUGUCAACCUCAGCGCAGUCGGCCUCUACUCGUCGUACCUGCUCUGCUGCGCACUACUUCUCUGGCGGCGCCUACAACCGAAUGGCAUUCGGUCCUAUAAUGACGAGACGACGCAUGUCGGUCCUAACAGCCUACAAUGGGGGCCUUGGAGAAUACCAGGUAUUUUUGGUAUAGUCAACAACACGUUUGCUUGCAUUUACUUGUUCGUUGUCUGGUUCUUCGCGUUCUGGCCUCCCAUCCCCGAAGUGACACCUGAAAGCAUGAACUUUAGUGCCUUGACUUGGGGCGGAACACUGCUUUUUGCCAUUGUCUGGUAUUUUGCGGUGGGGAGAAAGGAAUAUACCGGACCGGUCGUGGAAAUACAACUCUGA